AUGAUUAAGUUUGGGAUAUUUCUAAUAAUUUAUAUUCCUAUUAUUUUAUAUGGAUAUAUACAACCAUUUGAUUUUAGUAAGUAUCAUGGGUAUACAGAGAUUAAACAAUUUAUAAGAAAUGUUGCUUCAAAUAAUCCUUCUUUUGUGAAACUUGUAAAAAUUGGUCAUUCUCAUGAAGGUAGAACAUUGGAAGGUUUAAAAAUUGGUAAAAGUAUUGAUAAUAUUUCAAAACCUAUUGUAUGGAUUGAUGGUGGUAAUCAUGCUAGAGAAUGGCCUGCUGUACAUUUUUCUAUGUUUUUUAUUAAAGAACUUGUUGAUGGAUAUGAAAAGAAUGAUGAAAUUACUAGAUACAUAAAUGAUAUGAAUAUUUAUGUAUUUCCUUUACUUAAUCCAGAUGGUUUUGUUUAUUCAAAGUCAUCUAAAAAAUCUAUUAUCAGACAAUGGAGAAAAAAUAAAGCACCAGAAAAUUGUACUGGAUGGACUUAUUUUAAAAGUGGUAUUUGUUGUGAUGGUGUUGAUUUGAAUAGAAAUUUUGACAUAGGUUUUGAUUAUAAAUCAGAAACUUUUAGAAAUCCAUGUUCUGAUGAAUAUCAGGGACCUUAUCCAUUUUCAGAACCUGAAACAAAAGCUGUACGUGAUUUUAUAUUAUCAAAUGAAAUUAAAGGUAAAUUAAAAGGACUUAUUUCUCUUCAUACACAUGGUCAAUUUAUUGUCUUACCUUAUAAUUAUAAACUUCAUGAAUAUCCACCAGACUAUGAUAAAUUGAUGGAACUUGGUGAAAAAAUAAAAAAUUCUAUAAAAGCUCAUAGAGGAACUGAGUAUCAAGUUGGUACUGCAGCUGAUCUUUUUAAAAUGGCAGCUUCUGGUGGUGCCAUAGAUUGGAUAAAAAAAAAUACAGAUGUAAAUUAUAUAUACUUAUUUGAACUUCCACCAGAAUGGAAAACAUGGUUUGCUUUUCAGAUGCGUGAAUGGCAUCUUAUAUAUACAGCUGAAGAAACAUGGCAAGGUGUAAAAGUUUUAUUAAAAAGAUGUUAUCAGGAAUUUGUAACUGGUAUGAGAUUUUAA